CACCUGGCAGCUGCUGUCAGCUGGGACAGCAUGAGUCGUCUCAGGCUCUGGGGCCACGCCCGCUUCCGAGCGGGUCGCGUACUUUGGAUGCUGGAAGAGCUCGGCAUCGACUACGAGCACCGGCCGCUUUGGUCUCGGACGGCAGACAUGGAGGCGCCGGACUUCCUUGCUGCAAGCCCUCGCCGCAAGAUACCCGUGAUCCAAGACGGUGACUUCACCCUGACGGAGUCUGCUGCUAUCAACACCUACUUGUGUGACACCUACGCACCCGACAGCGGUUGGGUGCCACCACCGUGCACUCGGGACCGCGCAAUCUACGACGCGUGGCUGAUGACUAUCAUGACGGAGCUCGACGCGCAGUCGCUUUACAUCCAUCGCAAGCACCAGUGCCUGUCCGAGGUUUACGGAGCCGCGCCGGUCGUUGUCGACGCAGCUCGCGACUAUUUUCUUCGACAGCUCGAGAGCGUGACCGCGGUGUUGCAGGCGUCGCCGAGCCUCCUUGCGGGCGCGCACACCUUCACGGCGGCAGACCUGCUGCUCACACAUUGCCUCUGCUGGGCAAGAGAGAUCGAUUGGCUGCCUGACGACCCUGUCCUCCGCGCUUACUUGGACCGCAACACCGCAAGGCCAGCCUUCCAACGAUACAUUGCCAAGGCAAGGGAGGACCCUCACGCCUCAGGCCCCAGGCCCAGCGCCUGAGGCUAGAGUAUAGCGAGGCUGCGCUGACGACUGACGUACGUACAUAAAAGCGAACGCGGUGAGCUAUAGAGUAUGCAUACGUUUCACCCUCUGUACCAUCAAUCGUGUCUUCGUGUCACGCCUGUGUGGCUCCGUGUGUGCGUCACCGUCAGUGCGUCAGAGCCUCUCGCGCAGGCCGCGCACGAGAGCGGUCAGGGAGACCUCCUCCUCCAGGGGGAUUUAUAACUAUACGUGUUAAUAAAAAGUGGAGUCUGGGG